UUGGUUUAACUGCUUUCAGAUGAUUUGUCAACCUUAAGUGGAAAAGUAUCGAACUCGUAUAAUUUCGUCUUGCUUUUCCGUGUCCGUGUAGACAGGUUUUAUAUACCAUACCCUAUCUACUUGUAUCUCGUGUCGAACACGUUGUGAGCGACCUUUUUAUUGAUUUAUUUUAUAUUUCCAUUCGUUGCCAUUUCACGGGUUGUUUUUAUCAGAUGUGAAUGAUAAAGGAAAUGAGCAUUACCGAUAGCAGAACUUCGAAUGAACGGAUGAAAAGACGAAUGAAAGCUGGAACGUUUUGGUUACACGGUUUGUAUUUUAAGGUAUUUUGUGAGCCAAUUUUCAUUAACGGUGUUAGGAGCUCGGAGAUUAAAGCCAAUUAGGUCCCGAAGUUAAAUAACGCAGCCUGGUAUCGGCCUGUCUGUUUAGCGUUUUGAUUGAUGUUCUCUGGGCUCCAGCGGGCAAAAAGUGAAGAAGAAAAUAAAUACAUGGAGUUCAUUUGAGCCCUCGCGCGCACACGUGCGACACUCCAGACGCACUGAGAUCGACUGCAGCUGGACCAACUCGACGUGUUUUGGGCUACUUCUUUUAAAGGCGAACGGCGCGGAGACCCAUUUGUAUUCGGGGAUUCGAGUGACCAUGGAUCAAGCUGGAGCUCAUCUCCACCAGACUCAAGCGGAGCCUAUAAAUUUCGGGAUCGAUCAGAUCUUGAACAGUGCGGAUCAGGGGACCUGCAUGAUCCCCAACGGCAGGCACCCAGAGUCGGAUUGGGGUUUAGGAUGCAUCGUCGGCAGUGCUUACCAAACGAUGGCCGGCAACUAUAACAUCAGCAAUGCUGGGGGAUACAAUAGCAACUCGUGCAGUGGCGUGUCUUUUAACGGUUCCUACAAUGUGAAUAUGGGUAUGAACGUGAACGGGAGUAAUCCGGCCGGAGUGAUUCGCGUGCCAGCUCACCGUCCACUAACUAAUGCUCAUUCAUCUAUACCCACGAGCAUGAGUACAGGGCCAAGUAUUGGAACCGUGAACACCAUCAAUAAUCUCACGGGAUUAACAUUUCCUUGGAUGGAGAGUAACAGAAGGUUUACGAAAGAUAGAUUUACAGCGGCCCUCUCACCAUUCACUGUAACCCGCCGAAUAGGUCACCCGUAUCAGAACCGGACACCACCCAAGAAGAAAAAGCCGAGAACGUCGUUCACGAGACUCCAGAUUUGUGAGCUGGAAAAGAGAUUCCACAGACAGAAGUACCUGGCGUCCACAGAGAGAGCGAGCCUGGCGAAAUCGCUGAAAAUGACCGACGCGCAAGUCAAAACAUGGUUCCAAAACAGGAGAACUAAAUGGAGACGACAGACCACAGAGGAAAGGGAAGCGGAGCGGCAGCAGGCUAACCGAAUCCUCGUGCAACUCCAGCACGAGGCUUUUCAAAAAACACUGAACCACCCGGUGAACCCAGACCCGCUAUGCCUUCACAACACUUCCUUAUACGCCCUUCAAAAUCUCCAGCCUUGGACUGACACCUCCGGGAAAAUAAGCAGCUUGGUCUCCUGUGAUUAAUAAACCUACCCGAUGCCAUAUUUAUUCAGCACUUUCAUAAAAAUUGUACCCAAAUCUUACAUAGCCUACAGUUUUAUUUCAUUUGAAGAAGGCAUGAACCGGCAUGACAAUACUUGCCUAAAGUAAUCUCAAAGUCAAAACAAACACCUACACAACUGCAAUCGAAUUGACUCAAAUAUAAUACGAAGGUCUAAACAGAAAUAUAAAUAUUUGUAAUACGUUG